AUGAAUAUUGAUGACCAAAUUAGGGCAGUAUGGGAUGAAAUGGGACUUAACGAAGAAGAAAGGAUAAAUGAAUUAAGGCCCCUUAAUGAAAAGAUUGGUAAAAUUAAGAAAGAAAAAAUCGAAGAAACAAUUCGUGAAAUGCAACAACUUCAAAUCGGUAUAGAUGAAACAAAACAAAAACAUAUACGCAUGCUUCAAGUUACAGGAGCUUCACCUUUCGAAAUCGAGGAAGUUCAAAAAAACGGCAUCCAUGGCUCUCUCAAAGAACGUUUUGAUCAAGUACAAGAUGCAUAUGAGGAAUAUAAGCCAAGAUAUGUUGAGACCGUUCAAAAAUUCCAGAAAAUGGUCGAUACUUUACAAGAAAUGUUUGAAAUACUCGAAGUUCCUGAACAAGAUCGUGGCGAUUUCGCAGCUGUUGGCGAUACAGAUCUUACAGCAAAGCGUUUGCAAUCAUUUUCUAAUAAAAUAGAUAGAUUGCAAAAUGAAAUCAAUGCAAAUGAAAAAUAUGCUCAACAAUUUAUACAAGAAAUAGACAAACUUUCAUACGAUCUUGGUGUUGAGAUCAAAAACGAGAUCAGAAUGAUAAUUGCUCAUCCUCCUUAUCGUCCAAGUGAUCUUGUUAAGCUUAAGAACGAGCGUGAUCUUCUUCAAGAAGAAUUUAACUUGAACUCAUCAUAUAUUGCUACUCUUGGCCUUGAAAUCCAACGCUUAUGGGAUAUUCUUAAUAUAAGUGAAGAAGAACGCAGAAACUUCCUUCAAAUGCACAAAGGAGUUUCAUACAAUGAAAUUGCCGUAUGCGUUGAGCUUAUCAACUCUCUUAAUCACCAAAGGAAUCAAAUGGUUCCUCAAUUAAUUGAAGAUGUCAAGAAGAAAAUCUCUGAGUUCUGCAAGAAGAUGUGCUAUACACAAAAACAAGAAGAGGCAAUAUUUAAUAGAGUCGAAACAGAGCUGAAUGAGAAAUAUUCAAUGGAAGAAAGUAAUCUCUCUAAUCAGGAAGAAUUGGCUGAUAAUGAAGAGUCAAAUCCUGAUAUCCCUGAGGAAGAAAUCAGAAAUAACGAAGAAGAAUCAAAGGAAUCCGAAAUUCCUCAAAAUGAAAAUAUUUCUCAAGAGAAAGUAAAUGAUUCCGAACAAAAAGCAUCAGAAGUAUCGAAUAUGGAGCCCGAUGAUCACAAGCAGCCUGAAAACGAAGAGAAACCAGAGAAUGCCGAUGAUGCGAUUCCGAAACUCGACCAACAGAAUCAAAAUUCGGAACCACAAUCAAAUGAGAAUUCAGAAUUUCAUCACGAGUCGGACCAACUCCGACAUGAAAUUAAUUCUGCCAAUACAAUCAAUGAGUUACAGACCAAGGCAACAGAAGAUUCCAAGCCCCAUGAGGAGGAGGAAGAGCAUAAAGAAGUACAAAUGAUUCUCCCACAACAUCUUCCACUCGAAGAAGAAGAUUUCUAUGAAGAAGAGGAUAUUGAUGACCAAAAUGAUAAGAAGCAGCGCAGAAUGACCCCAAGGAAGACAUUUGUUGAUGCUGAUGACCUUCUUACCAGUGAAAAUUCCGCAAUGAACACUCCUCAAAAGCCAAAACGCCCAGAACAGCUUAAACCAAUCGAGAACACAACAGCUGAAGACCGUGAAAUUGCAUAUUUCGAGCUUCUCGAUGCAGAAUUUAUGCAUCUACAGCAUCUAUAUGAAAUUUCUCGUCCAAUCCAGGAACUUAUUCAGCAAAGAGAAUCGAUAAUCAACGAAUACAAGCAAGUUAGUGAAGAAAACAUUGCAGCAGAGAAGCCAAAACCAAUAAGAAUGUCAUUAAAUCCUCGCCAAUCACUAGAUACAGAUCAACCAAAACUUGAAAAAGUUGCUGCUGAAAAAACGAAAAAUGACAAAACAAGGAAAUCAUUACAGCCAAAGAGUGCAAGACCACAAACAGAUAUCGCAGAGAAGGACAAUGCUGUACCUUCAAGACGAAGUCUUGCACUUAAAACUGCUCGAAAAAGCAUUGGAAAACAUAUACCAGGAACUGUUUCUCCAGAAAAAGCAAGAAUGCGUCCUCCUGAUCCUUCGAAAGCUCUUAGGGCCGAAAAAGUGGAAAGGAGAUUCAAAGUUGUACUACCAAGAAUAGAAAGAAAACUUGCUAUGGCUCUUUUCGAGUACAAAAAGGAAAGUGGCGAGGAUUUCACUUUAAACGGAGAUGUUUAUAGUAAGAAGCUUCCAAAUGUUCAGCUUUCACAGACAGAAAAAAGAAUGGCAAAGAGUUCUCUCUCUGGAAAACCAUUGAAGAACUAA